UUGUGUUGUUUGGUGACCCUUUCUGGUGCGAACUUGUUAUCGCUUGUCUAUUUUUGGGUCGUAGGAAAAAAGUGAGUUUUUGCCAUCAUUUCGAUUGAUUUGUCGCAUUAAAGUAAGUGCAAUCAAGAUGUCCAUGCGUGGUGGAAAAAAUCGUGGUCGAAACUGGAACCAAGGUGGUCCCAGCGGUCGAAAUUUUUACGAUGGUGGUACUACAUACUCGGAACACGAUGACCGAGUGGACAAUUGGAAUCGGGACCGGAAAGGGAACGUGACGAAACGAAGAGUUAGUUUUAAACACGUCAAUGGUGGCCGUAUGAAAGGAGGACAAAUGGUUUCCGACAUCAAGAUUCGCGCACUGCUGGAAGACGACGAAGCGAUGGCCGGCGAGGGACACGACGGUGAACGGCGAAUGUUUUAUAAGGGCAACAAGGGUUUCAACAAAGGUGAUCGUCGACGAGGUUCACCCAUUCCGCGGGGUCAAAUGAUGCACAAGAAGCGACUGAUAAGUGGUCCCACAAGUUGGUUCGAAGUCAAGAUCCCGUUCGGUCAUAAGUAUGAAAAGGACUUUAUUCUUCGUUCGCUGUUGAACGCAAUCAAGCCGGAAAUUUUCAUACCGCACUACUGGAAGGUGGAAGACACGGCUGUCAGCUUUCACAUUGAGGACUUUCCGGCUGCCGAAGCUCUGCAGAAAAUUGAUCGAACGAUCGGUCUACCGGAUGGUCGUAAAAUGAUUGUGAUUGUACGCAAUAGUACGCCACAGUUCCAGGUCAACGAUCAGCUGAAGGAGCGCAUGAAGUUGGCCAUGGUCAAGCGAUAUAAUCCGGCUACGAAAGCUUUGAAUUUGGAAAAGUUUCAUGCCGAUCCGGAUCUGGGAGAUAUCUUUUGUGCACUAUUUCGACCUCAGAUUAUGUUGGCUGCGUUGGAUGUGAUCAAGGAAAACAUACCGGAUUUGGAGGCUUUGAACCUGAACGACAAUAAACUGCACAUGUUGGAUCACUUCAAACAGAUUGCCGUUAAAAUUCCAACUUUAAGGAUUCUGUACAUGGCUAAUAAUAAGAUUCCCUACGUGACUUCGCUGGACAGCCUGAAGGCUCUCAACUUGGUGGAGAUAAACUUGGAAGGCAAUCCGCUCAAGGAGCGCAUCAAAGAUCAAACGGUUUACGUCAGUGAGGUCCGGAAAAGACUGCCGAAGAUCAUCAAAUUGGACAACAUUGACCUACCACCUCCGAUCGGGUUCGACGUAACCGACGACGAUAGCAAACUGCCACAGGCGAAAGCGUCCUUCCUGUGCGACACGGCUGGGGCGGACAUUGUACGCCAGUUCCUGGAGCAGUACUUCAUCAUCUACGAUUCCGACAAUCGGCAGCCCCUGUUGGAUGCGUAUCACGAACACGCGAUGAUCUCGAUGACCGUGUUCAACAGCCCCAGCCAGGGAAGCCAACAGCGACUGCAAAGCUAUCUGAACUAUAAUCGCAACCUGAACACCAAGCGGGAUCUGGACACACGCUGUCGGUUUUUGAAGAUGGGUCGACUGCCGGUCGUUUCAUUUCUGUCCGAACUGCCCCAGACCAAACACGAUCCGCAGUCGUUCGUGGUCGAUCUGACGCUCUUUACGCCCCAGCUGAUGCUUCUGACGGUGACGGGUGUGUUCAAAGAGCGCAAGUUAGCGGUCAUCAACGAACCGUAUCGGUCGUUCCAACGUUCACUGGUGAUUGUCCCGUCGGGUGCCGGUUUUUGCAUUCGCAACGAAAUGAUCCACAUCAACAACACCACACGGAUUCAGGACGAGAAAGCAUUUAAGGAAGUGCCACUGCAACCAGUUCCCGCUCCGGUUGUUCCGAUUACAGCUGCGGUUACUGCUGUUACUGCUGCCGCUGUUGCUGCUGGUGGUGGUGGUGGUGGUCCCGACGAUAACACCAAACUGCAGAUGGUCCAAGCAAUGGCCAUUCACAGCAACAUGAAUCUCGAGUGGAGCCGAAAGUGUCUGGAGGAAACCAACUGGGACUUCGAGCGAGCCGGGUUUGCUUUCGGUGAACUGCACAAACAGAACCGGAUACCACCGGAGGCGUUUGUAAAGCAGUAAUUCGUUAUCACGUGUACGGCGGCGGCGGCGACGGCGAGGCUGCAGCGACAUCGCAGGGCGUUGAUCCGGAAGCUAUAGGUUUAAGAUCAAGGGAAUCGAGAAACGAUUAUUCGUGAUAUUCAUGGGAAUGGCAAAGUUUCAGGCAAAAGGCAAAACUUUUGAUCGUUUGAUUGUCGAUGUAAAAUUUGACUAUUGGAAAGUAGAGUACGAUUCUCGGACACGGAAUUAAAAGGUUAAAGUUUUCUUUGUUUUUCUCUAAUUUAGUUUCGCCUUUUCUCUGAUCUAACUUGGUGUUUCAAAUGCACCCGGUAAUAUUGUUUAUGUGUUUAUGAAACAUCUGACGACGGACAGAUCACAAUGAAAAGUAUAUAUUCAAAACAAAAACCGUUGAUUUAUUAUAAAACUUUCUGCUUCUAGUCGCCUAUCAGCGCCGAUAAUGUUUAGUUCUGUUGGUUCUGAUGGGUGGCUAAGAACAGAGAUAGGGAAGCAAUGAAUUCCAAUCAGUCAAUCAAAUCAAUUUUUUUUAAUCGGGCAUCAUGUAACGGAACCCAAUCAGAUGGGAAAAUCUAUCGAAUGCUGUGACAGUCUUAGCAUAGAGAAAUAGAACCAUUUUUGAAUGCUACAUCGUAAGGCAUCGAUACAGCUUAGCUUAAUACUUAAGAUCGGUAAGAUUCAUGUAGUGUUUUGUUUAUAGUCUGACUAGUGCAUGUAAUUUUUAUCAACGAAAAAUUGUAUCUUAUAAUACAAAUUGUUUCUUCUGACACUGAAAAGGCAAGAAAAAAUGUACAAAAUAUAUAAACUAACAGAAAAAUGUUAAGUUAG